UAAAUCCUCGGUGUCUUUGAACUCACAACCGCGUGUUCUCAGUAAGGUUAUACACUUGUCAAUACCUGCCUGUUCAUUGAAGUUGUGUGCCCAAAAUUAAUUUCUCUCGAACACAGUAUUCCUGCGUGGUGCACAGUAGUUGUCCAAUGCCUUCAUCACCUCGACCAGUUUCUUGUUUUCCAGGUCGGCAUAUGUGAUCUCUCCAGCUCGUCUAAAAACUGCUAUUUCCCUAGGCUCUGGCUUGUCAUUUAUCCCUCUGGCUAAGUAGUACAAGUUCAGUCUUUGUUUCCUUUCCUUGCAAGGAUUCCAGUCAAUAACAACGGAGAAGGUGGUGUAAACGACUGCAUUGCUGCUAAUCCCAAACUCCAUAGCUAUUGGGACUGCGUUGAACCAUUGCGCUAUCACGGAGAUCAGGGCCUGUUUCCGAGGAAGCAGUGUAUCCUUCGCGUCGGGCUCGUCAGAGUCGUGAAAGGAAAAAGAGGAUUCUACUUGUCCGUGAAAACUCAAAGGACUGCAUUUCAGGGAUGGAUGAAUAAAACCAGAACAAAAAUCUGCUCCUGUAACACAGUACUAUCAUACAAGGCCUAUCUUGAUAUGACAAUGGUGUGAAGUGGCCCUCAGGAAAGAAGAACACAAGUCCCUCAGGUGUCCCACUGUCCUCUUCAUCGCUCCAUGCCCCGCUAAGAAGACAACACAGUGUUCCACUUGUGGAAAGAAGAGUUUUGCACCCUCUUUUUGCUCUACCGUUUCUUUCUUGCCAUGGGGGGUGCAGUGAGUGCCGGGGAGGACAACAAUGAUCUGAUUGACAACCUGAAGGAUGCGCAGUACAUCCGUACAGGUCGCGUGGAGCAGGCCUUCAGGGCCAUAGACCGCGGGGACUACUACCUGGAUGGCUACAGGGACAAUGCCUAUAAGGACCUGGCGUGGAAGCAUGGCAACAUCCACCUUUCUGCCCCCUGUAUCUACUCUGAGGUGAUGGAGGCUCUGAAGCUCCAGCAGGGACUGUCCUUCCUCAAUCUGGGCAGUGGGACUGGAUACCUCAGCACCAUGGUGGGACUCAUAAUAGGUCCAUUUGGUGUGAACCAUGGAGUGGAGCUCCAUACGGAUGUGGUGGAAUACGCCAAGGAGAAACUAGAUGACUUCAUCAAGAAUAGUGACAGCUUUGAUAAAGGAAGCCACCUCGCUGGGAGCCCAAAUCUCUCUCAAUGAACUCAAAAGGGCAUUGGAUAGCACGAAUAAAGGCAAAUUACCUGGAUGGGAUGAAUCAAUAGAAGCAGCAGACAAGGCGAUCCAAUUUCUACUUUGCUAUUUUUAUUAUCCAUGGAACCCCUGCCCAAGGCAAUUCAUCAAUCGAAGGAAAGAACACACAUUUCUUUCAAAUCUACUGAUCACUCAUUUCAUUAUACACAGAUUAUAUUUUACUACAAUGAACAAAAAUAUGAACACAACAUGUAAAGUGUUGGUCCCACGUUUCAUGAAUUUAUUUCAACUGACUUAUUUCCUUAAAUGAACUGUAACUCAAAACAAAAUGUUUGUUGCAUGUUGCGUUUAUAUUUUGGUUAAGUAUAUAUUUACAAUUUAAGUCAGCUAUGCUAGCCUAUGGAGGCCCUUGGGAAACCCAUCCAAUUAUGGGAUUUAAAAAUACAUUAUCUGGGCUCCCAAAAUGACUGAUCUCUAUAAUAUAUAAACAACUUUUGGGAGUUAUCCAUAAAGAAAGUAUGGGCCCCAGAUCUAAUUGAAUCUGAACAACCCUUUUAACUGGAACAGAAUAUGUAAAUAUAUGACCUUGGCAUCCUGUAAUCUAAACCAUAAACUUAAACAUUUUACGUUUGUUCACAGACUGUAUUUAAGACAGAGGAAACAUUCUACGAUGACAACUGUUCACUGUGUCCCCUAAAUCAAGUUUGAGUUCUGUGAACCCAUCUUUGUGGUGGGCAACUGUCUGGAGAUCUCGUCAGACAGUCACCAAUACGACCGUAUCUACUGUGGUGCGGGGGUGCAGAAGGAUCAUGAAAAUUACAUGAAAAUCCUGCUCAAAGUUGGGGGUAUUCUAGUGAUGCCUAUAGAGGAUCAGCUGAUACAGAUCACCAGGACUGGUCAGUGUUCCUGGGAGAGUAAGAAUAUCCUGGCCGUGUCAUUCGCACCUCUGGUCCAGAAGAACAGAGCUGAGGGAAGCAAGCCUGAUGCUGUAGAGCUCCCCCCAGUGACAGUCAGGAGCCUUCAGGACCUGUCUCGCGUCUACAUCCGCCGCACCCUGCGAGAUCUGACCAAUGAAGAAUGUCCUGACAAAGGUCUGGUGCAGAGGGCGCCCCAGAAACGCAAGCGCAGGCGUUGCCGGCUGCGACGCAUUAACACGUACAUCUUUGUGGGUAACCAGCUGAUCCCCCAAGCCAUGGAGAGCGAGGAGGACGAACAGAUUGACCAGGAGCAGCACAAGGAGGACCAGGAGCAGCAAGAGGCGCAGGAGAAGGAGCAGCAGGAGGAGGAGGAGAGAGACAUUGGCAGCGUUGAGAUACUAAAGGCAGUGAAUGUGCUGAGAGACAAAAUCAUGACUUUACCUCUGCCUGAAUCGCUGAAGACCUAUCUGUUAUACUACAGAGAAAAAUGACUGACUGCUCAACCUGCUGGCAUCUGUUCUCAUGUAUGCCAUGCCUGCUGAGAUGCUUUUCUUCAUUCUCCUGUUUUCUCUUUUUUCAGUACUGAAUGAUUUAGUAUUCUUUUUCUUCUUCAAUAUGAACAUGGAAUGGACACUGAGACUUCCUGGGUCGUCAUGGAUCAUUUUCUAUAGUUACUAUGAUAUGGUUAUGUUUGUUUUUAUGUUAUCGAUUGUCUUUUGAAUUUGUAUAUCAAAGAUUUAUUUAAAAGCCUACUGAAUGGAAAAUCCUUUUCAAAUAUGGUAUUUUGAGGAUGUAGAUUGUAUCACAUGUUAAUAUUCCAGCAAAUUGUCACGAAAUGAAAUUGUAUAAAAUAAAAUGCUACCUAUAUUUGUUAACAAUA